CCAGCCGCCCAAGCAUCUCUCUCUCCGUCCCAUUGGUCGCGCGCGUCACGUGGCCCGUUUAUAUUACUCAGCCACCUCUGCCACUUGUUGUCGUACUCGUUUCGCCACGAAAACCGCAUUGUUCGCCGCAAAUUCGGGUCCCUGAAGAUGCCACCGGUGACGACGUUUCGGUGCCCGCCAUCGGCGAUCGAUCGUGUGCGUGUCGGCAGCCGCUAGACGCGAUAAUGCAACCAAACAGUGCGUACGUGGUGGUAUUCGAUGCGAGAAUUUCACGUUUCCGGAUCGCGGCUCCGGGUGAUUUUCCGGUAGUUUGUUGAACCGCCGUUCCGAUUGUGUGGUACCGUUGGCCGACCGAGUACUCGCUCCAAAAUGGAAGAUGUUGCCUUCAGCGACUGGCCCGACGGCGCGGCGACCAACUCCUGGUUACCAGCCUACGGCUUCCAGACGCCCAGCGCCCUGCUGGAAAGGGAGGACUUCCUGGGCAACCCAGACGCCGAGUACUUUCUCCACGGAACUUCCGCCCCCUGCCUGUACCUCGAGACCAUCCACGAAGAGACUUCCGACGACUUGCGUUCCGACAGCGACGUUUCGGACAUGAGAGGUUCGCCUUUAGGGUGGCUGGCGACCGACUCAGAGACGGACUCGGUCAUUUGCAUGGACGCCACGAACGACACCGACUGCGAAUCCGACCGCGAGCUCGCCUGCCCCAUCAAGCGUCGCCGCCACGAGGCCCCCCCGUGCCCUCUCGACGACGAGCCCUACCAAUCCCUGAGCCGCUCGAGCAGCCUCCUCCAGUUCGAGACCCUCGAGAGGCAGUGCCAGGAGACGUCCAGCAGUUCCCCCAGCAUCUACUCCCAGUUCAGCCUCGACUCCCUCGAGCGCGCUAAGCCGCCCCCCAGCGACAGCGACAGCGGCGGCAGCGAGAGCACCCUGGCGCCCGCCAAGUCCUGCGGCAGCCUGCGCGCCUGGCGCAGCUUCGAGAACCUGCAGCGCGGCGCGCCCAAGCGCGACAUCAUCUCCGCGGAGAACCUCAGCGAGGACAGCGGCUUCGGCGACCAGAAGGAGAAGAAGUCCCCCAGGAGCCCGGCCUUCGGCGCGUACGACUACUGCGAGGGGUUCGCGAAGAUGGGCGGCAAGUUCGGGGCCAGCUGUCAGAACCUGAGCGUGGUGGGCAGCGAGUGGGUAAUUUUAGAGAAGGAGGAAUGUCAGGUUAAAAAUAGUGCGACGUCUGCGAGCGAGCCCGACCUGCGGGGGGGAGAUGGGGACCAGCACGAGAAGGAGGACGAACACAGUGUGUGUGUGUGCAGUGUUCCGAGGAACUUGGACCUGGUGGGCAAGGAGGAUGAGCCGAGGAAGACUUCUAUAGCGGCGAAGAAUUGGGACUUGGGGGACUUCAGUCAGGAGAUGGCGUCGUUUAAGAGGGAGGGGAGUUAUGCGGAGGCUAUGAGGAACAGGGUGGAUUUGAGCGACGACGAGACGAGUCUUUGCUACAAGAGGAAGCUCCCGAAGACGACGAUCGUGGAGUUUGACAAGAAGGUGCUCCAGGCGAUCUCGGAGAGUAUACACAGUAUUAACUCCGUGAGUGUGGCGGAUGCCCACUUGAGUAGCAUCUAUGGGAGCUCAGGAGCUAUACAAGGGAAGAGUAUACACAGAAAUGUUGUAAGUACUCCGAAUUUGGUCAUGAACCAGCUGGAGCAAGAGAGGAUCGUGGACUUGUUACUAGAAGAAGAAAGAAGAAGAUCGGUGCAAGAUCUAGCAAGAGAAGUGCCGAGGAAGAGCUCAUUGGUCAACCAUAGCACUAGCACUAGUUGUAUAUCCGACGUAGACGACAAGACCCUCAACUACGAAUCAGGCAGCACCAAAGAGGUGCACUUCAGCCCCGUCGUGUCCGAGGUGAACUGGCCCGAGGACAGCCACUCCAGCCCCAGCACCGUCGAGCGCGAGUCCAGCUACAGCCUCUCCAGCAGCCCCGAGCGCGAGUCGUUCGACGCCCUCACCAAGGUCCUGCUCGAGCCCCGGCCGCCCACGCCGCCCAAGCCCUCCUGCUCGCAGUCGCGCCCCGUCCCCGAGAGCCGCCGCACUUUCCGCCCCCUCAGCGAGGCCUUCCCCCCGUACGACGAGCCCGAGUACUCGCCGCCCCCCUACCACCCCCUCAGCGAGAGCCAGCCCGAGCUGCGGCGCGUCCCCUUCCGCUCCGGCCUGUCCCAGUCCCAGCCCGACGUGCGCUGCAGGCGCCGGGGCUCCCAGCUCAUCAAGAAGGACGCCGACGGGUGCAUCAUCAAGGCCUACAUCGACGGGGACGGCGUCCAGUACAAGCACACCCAUCUGGACCUUGACGAGCCGGCCCCCCCCACGAGUCACGUGCCGGUGGGCCGCGAUGCUCAAGUCAAACGGAGCGAUGCAGUUGCGGUUAUGGAAGCGGCAGAGGUGCCUCGGAAAGAACUGAAAGAAGCGAAACAACAACAACAACAACAACAACAGCAGACGAAGAAGAAAUUGGGGGGGUUCUUCUCGCGGUUGGCCAGUUUUCGGUUCUCGACGAGGAAGGAUGAGAAGAACAAGAAGAAGAAGGAUGGCGACAAAAAGACAGGCGACCUCGUCCAGAACCAGCGCGUCGCCACCAAGGAGGACUACAUCUACAUCCCGCUCAAGGACCCGUCGCCGCCGGCCAGCGCCGCCAAGCCGCCCCUGCCCAGGGCGCCGCCGCGCGUCGUCGGCGCAAGCGUGAAGGGCGCGCACCACCGAACCCACGAUCAGGACCACCGCCGCCGCCGGACUAUUGAUUCGGGAGAGUGCCCCCGGCCGAUGGAGCCCAUGGGGCUUAUCGAGACAGACCUAGACACCCAAGUGACGGUCAUCACCAGCGGUGCGAACAAUGUGAAGACGCGCAGCCUCCUUAACCUGGGGGCCGAGCCCAGACUCGGCCACCUCCUCGCCGACGACAGGCAGACCGAGCAGACGGCCAGGCCGCACAAGUCGAUGGAGUUCCUGCUGGACAAGCAGAAUCUCAAAGUUGUUGAGCCCCCCGAGAAUGAGCUCCAGAAGGGCGAACGUGUGAUGUCUGAACACCAACUCCGCGUGCAGCGCUCCCUCCAGAAGCUCACAGUCCCCGAAUGGUACAAGCAGGCCCAGGUGCCCCGCGAAGGCUUCAUCCUCAAGAAGCCUCGCGAGCCCCGCUGGACCGGCACCGGCAGCAAGACCACCUCCCUCAGCAGCCUCGGCUCCAGCAACCCGUCCCCCAUCAUCCUCAGCCCCACGUCGUGCGCGCAGCCCUUCGUGCGGUGGUCCACCUCCAAGCUCAACUCCACGGCGUCGUCGCCGUGCGCCUCCACCCGCAGCAGCUUCAACACGCGCCAGCCCAACGGCUCCAUCUCGCCGUCGUCGGUGCGCAGCAGCUUCAGCUACCGCCAGCCCUACCUCGGCUGGCGGUCGCAGGAGCGGCUCAACAAGCCGCGGACGCCCGCCGAGCGCCUGGCCAACAGCCUGCUGACGCAGGCCGGCCAGCCGCAGAGCGUGCAGGCCAGCCCCGAGAUCCAGACGUCCAUCAAGGAGGUGACGUCGGCCAUCGCCGACUACGUGCGCGGCCUCAAGCCGGACAGCGACGAGAGCCAGCGUAGCCGCUCGGCGAGCCCGCGGGGCAGCCAGAAGCUGUGCUGGCUGGAGAGCAGCUUCGUGGGGAUCCGGCCGCUGGACUCGCCCCAGACGCCCGUCACGCUGACGGAGAGCCAGCCCACGCCGCCGACGAGUCUGCGGCUGGACCUGCAAACGCACAAUGAUGUGACUCUGCUGCAUACAACAAGCGGGCCAAAGCCUUCCCCCAGCUCAACGACUCUCGAAGACGUAUUAGACUCACUGUUGGGCCUUCCAUCAUCGGAUCGAGCCCCUAGCCCCAGUCUCCAAGCGACGGGGUCAGCUAAUAGCAGUCCGAAUCACAGCUCGGAGUUCCGAAGACGCUCGGACGGCAGCGAGCAGACCUCCCUCGGGAGCAUUUCUCGCCGAGUGAGUUUCCAGUCGUCACCUGUCAUCCAGUGCCGGUACUCGCGCUGCGCUCGGGUGGUCUCGGUGUCUAGUCCGGAGGCUGCCAACUUCAAGAACUGUCACAACUGCUCGUACACGUACUGCUCGAGGGCGUGCAGACGGGCGCACUGGGAGAAGCACAGGAAGACGUGUCUGUUUUCGCGGAUCGGCACGUUGUGCAGACAGGUCAUAGCAGCCAUCAAGGAGGAAAAGGAGACCCUCCACCACCUCUCUCUCAUCGCCCGACGCGGCUACCUCUCCCAGGGCCCCGGGGCGGUGAAGUGCUUCUUCCCCUGCCCCGAGAACGCCGAGAAGUUCCUCGACGGCGGCCUCAGCGAGCUCGGCGAGCUCACGUACGUGCGCUGGCCCGACCUGCUGCCGUCCGAGAUGGGCCCCCAGCUGUACUCCGAGCUGGUGGCCAUGUGCAAGGGCUACAACCCCGACAGCAAGCUGGUGCUGUACGUGUCCGUGUGCGUCGUGUCCGAGACUCCCGCCAGCGGCGCCGUCAAGUGGGAGCGCCAGCUGGUGUCCCGUUGUGCCAAAAUGCGGCUCAGCAGAGACAUUUGCGUGCCCGAGAAGGACCAAGACAAUCCCGAGACGCUCAUCCUCACCUGCAACUCCCUCGACGCCCUCAGCGAGGACAGGGUGAAGGAGCUGAAGGAGAUGAGCAUCAACAACGUGCAGAAGCAGCUGCGGCUGCGGGGGGUGUCGCUGCGCCGGCAGCACCCCGUCAUCUUCAAGCAGCUGUGCGCGUACGCGAACGGCAGCUGCGACAAGUUCACCCCCAUCACGGUCUACCCGAAGGACGUCAACACGGGCAAGAGCUUCAUGUGCAUCAUCAUGCUGGAGGCCGACCCCGACAGCCUGAGACAGGUGGAGUCGGCCGGAGUGAAAGUCAGGACUGUGGAUGUGCUGUGCGCCGAUUGAAACUCGUGUUACCCUAUCCUGUGAUUUAUCGUAGCUUGUUGUUAUUCUGCAAAUUUUAACAAAUCCAUGUUGAUAUCUAUGAUGUUGCUUUUAAUAUUAUGUUUUUAUCGAGAUUUGUCUCAAAUCGUGCUUCGUGAAUAUGAGAAUCUGUGAGAUUUUAGACUUCGUUUUAGGGUACGUGCCUUUGAAAGCCUACUGUACUAAAUUUUGCACUGACGGACACAUAUCGGGUGCCGGGACGUACCUACCUGUUGCAGGAUUGAUAUUCUAAAUUUUUUUUACUCGUCGUGUCUGACCCGGUUUUUUUUCUCUCGUCACACCAAUUGGAAGCAAUAAAUGUUACUGGAAGAAGAUGGAAGUUUAGUAUUUUAUUCCUACAUCUUUUUGUCGUUCGUUCAUUAUUAUUAGGCAUAUUAUCCGAUUGUAAAAAUUGUUAAAUUAAAUUAUCAUCAAACUCU